ACACCUCCCUCUCCGUUGUAACAAACAGACAAAUCUCUAUCUCUCUCUCUCCCUCAAUUUCUCUCUCUUCUCUGAGCUGCAAUUCUUGAACUGCAAGGAAAAUGGCGGCAGAGCUCUCAGACCCCAAAACCCCAGUGCCGCCACCACCACCAGCCCCUCCACUACCGCCGACAGUAACAGUGCGACCGCAGGCGCCGGCCGAUCCUGAGAAUAAUUUCUCGCUGUAUGUUGGCGACCUGGACCCACACGUCACCGACGACGACCUCCUCGCUACUUUUCGUUUCAUCGGUCCCAUCGCCUCCGUCCGUGUCUGCCGUGACUCUCACUCCGGCGAGUCCCUCCGCUACGGCUAUGUCAACUUCUACUCACACUCUCACGCAUCCAAGGCUAUGGCUUGUCUGAACCACACUGAGCUGAAAGGGAAAACCAUGAGAAUAAUGUGGUGUCAGAGGGAUCCCGUUCCAAGGAAAACUGGUCUUGGAAAUGUCUUUGUGAAGAACCUUGACCCUGAAAUCACCAGCACUCACUUGCAGGACAUGUUCGGGGAGUUUGGGACUAUACACUCUUGCAAGGUAGCCGAAAUAAAUGGGAAGAGCAAGGGUUUUGGGUUUGUCCAGUUUGAAAAAGAGGAAUCGGCUAUGGCUGCUGUCAAUGCUCUCAAUGAUACAAUCAUUAAGGGGAAGAAGUUAUAUGUAUCGAAAUUUGUGAAGAAAAGUGAGAGGAUACCAGCCCAGGAUGAAUCCAAAUUUACGAAUCUGUUUGUGAAAAAUCUGGAUGAACAUGUAACUGAGGAUCUGCUUCGAGAGAUGUUCUCUCAGUAUGGAAGUGUUCAUAGUCUUGUCAUCAUGAAGGAUGAGAAAGGGAAGUCAAAAGGUUUCGGGUUUGUUAACUUUGAGUCACCAGAAGAGGCUAAGAAGGCUGUUGAGGGAAUGAAUGGUGCACUGCUGGGAUCAAAACAUUUGUUUGUAGGAAGGGCUCAAAAGAAAGCUGAGAGGGAAAAGCUUUUAAAAUGUAAAAAGGAAAUGCUGAACAGUCAGAUUGAGAAACUUGAGUCUACGAAUCUCUAUGUUAAGAAUCUAGCUGAAUCUGUUGAUGAUAGCAAAUUAGGAGAACAUUUCAGUGCCCUUGGGAAGAUUCUAUCGGCGAAGGUGAUGCGUGAUGGCAACGGGAUGAGCAGAGGUUUUGGUUUUGUUUGCUUCUCAACUCUUCAAGAAGCUGCAAAAGCUCUCAGUAAUCUUAACGGAGCUAUGUUUGAAGGAAGAAAACUUUAUGUGUCUGUAGCUCAACGAAAAGAAGAUCGCUGCAAGGCUUUGCAAGAUUACUAUACUCUUCAGCUGCGACAAAGAUCUUUGCAAUCUCCAAACUGGCCUGCCCUGCACCCGGUCCAGUACAGCGUUUCCCCAAGGCCUCCUACGGCUCCUCUACUAUGCCCGCCAGUCAUGCAUCAAAGUUUUGGUACUAAUGUUGAUGCGCAUUACCCUUUUGUUCUAAGCAGACAACCACAGUGGGGUAGCAGCACUAGGAAUGAGAAUUUCCAGAAGAAUUCCAGGACAUAUGCUAACUCAAAUGAUCAUACCAACUCUUGGAAUCAUGGAGGUUAUGAAGCUACAGGAUACCGGAAGAAGGUUUACAAACAGAGUGGAGCUGCUGCAGGAAGUUCAAGAUCAGCAACUACAGGAGGCAGAGCUCCUCUCACAGAAGCAUCAAUCACUGGUAGCUCCAACUCGAAGACAACUCUAAGGGAUCGACGCGGCUUGUUUGUUGAGAACCUUGAGCCUGGGCGUGCAGCACAGGUAACAGGAACAUCGGGAAUGCUGUGGGAGUUGAACAGUUCUGAGAAAGCAGCAGCUCAAGUUUUGAAGGUGGCAAAUGGUUCCAGGACCAGCAAAGAUCGUCUGUUCGCUAAGGGUGGCCGCUACUUGAGCUCAAAGCCGGUGUCAUUUUGCCUUUUGCCAUAUAGCUUUUUACUGCUACAGGUCCUAUCAAAGCAUUUGAUGCUCUCUUUUGGUAAAUUUGCAAAUCACUGCAAAAGAUUUGCUAAACGUUUAGCUUAAAUCUGACUAAUUGGAUCUGUAAUUCUCUUCAAUAGUAAUCAAUUAGAACAUGAUGUUUCUCUC